AUGCCUCCCGAGAUCGUGACGCAUAUAUUUCAUCUUUCUCCCUCAAGAAGCUCUGGUGCCAUCAAGGGACGGGCUGAUACGCCGUUCGGCAUAAUUUCCGUAGAAGACCUGCACCGACUCCCAAAGGUGUGCCGGUAUUGGCGCGAGCUAGCCCUCGCGACUCCAUCCCUGUGGACCACCGUCUUCCAAGAAUCAGAGAACCCGAACCUACGACAUAGCAUAUACCUCCCAAAAGACCCGACUCUUAAAUUGACUGUCGACGUCAACGGUUUCUUCCAUAGGAUCUCUCCGAAGACCAGGGAUCUGCUACUGAAAAACGCAUCACGGAUGCGGACACUGGUGCUUCGUUGCGGUGCUGGUCUGGAUGCACCUCGGGAGUUCCUGGAAUCAUUCGACGCUAGCGAACUCGAACACUGCUACAUCCUGUGGUUGAACCUACAUGUCCGGGCGGACCCGUCGAUGGCCCGUUUCCUUCCCUUCUUCUCUGGUGGCGGUGCUAGGCUGCGAACGCUCUGUCUCCACUUGGUCCUGGCUCUUCCUACGAACGAGUUCUCUGCGCUAUCCCUCCUGGUGCUAGCAAUGAAUGGUAGUAGAAUGGCGCCGCCCCAUUGGGACGCAUGGGACCUCCUUCUGUUCUUCCCCCGCUGCCCCAGUCUCGAGGAGGUAUAUGUCACCGACGUCUAUCUCCCUAGACAUCGAGCGGAAGGUUUCUCGGGUGUGCUUGAGGGCUUUUCUCCCGUCUCCCUCCCGCGCUCGCGCUACUUCGCCUUCACUUACUCCCCAAAUGAAGAGUAUCCCGCAGACUCGGCUCCUGUGUGCCUUCUGUCACAUCUUGCCAUUCCGUCCUUCUGCCACCUCUACUUCAAGAUCCUUUGCGAAGGUAAACAGCUUCGUACAAACAAGGCGAUCCUGGACAGUUUUCUUCGCCACGUCCCCUAUAAAGAACGGACUUCCCGGAUUUCGAUUUCGUUCCCUUCUGCCCUUUCCACCGUGCUACAACUCGUCUUUAAGGAGGGGUCCCUGAGGCUCGACUUCUAUGGCGACAUGGUCCGCAGUGACAUGGCUGGCGACUCAGGCUACGACAUAGACUUGCCAGUGCGGAUCUUCUUGCGCGCCUACCCUAAUCUCUUCCUUGGAACCAAGGAACUCCAAGUACACUACGCGGAUGAUCAUCUUAUGGGCGCACUGGACUCGUCCUAUUUCACCACCGUCGUGCCUAACGUCGAAGCUAUCGCCCUCGUUCCCAGCAUCGCCAGCUUCGCGCAUUCGACCUACCCCGCCCUAGACACGAUAUGGUUCUCGCUGGAGGACGCCGAAGAUGUCGCGCAGCUCCAAGAUGUGCUCUCAAGGCGUGCGGCGCAAGGCUGCCGCAUCCGCCGCCUGAUCCUCUACGUUCGCGAUGACGAUCCCUACGCAGACCUCGCCCUUGAAUGUCUUCUCACGCAUCUCGCCAUCCCAUCCUACUGUCACCUCUACAUCGACGUGCGGGACCAACGGGGGCGGCUCUACACCAACAAGGUCAUCCUAGACAACGUUCUUCGUCACAUUCCCUCCAAAACUCGUCCUUCCCAAAUAUUGAUCUCUGUGGUAGAACGCGAUCGCACUGCGCUACAACUCGUCUUCCCACAAGGAUCGAUCAGGCUCCACUUCAGUGGCCAACGGUCCUACCAUGAAGACACGGGCGAAUUCGAGUUGGACCUGAGAAAUUUCUUGCGCGCAUACCCUCACCUCUUUCUUGACACUGAAGAACCGCGAUUCCAGUACACGUCUGACGGAGUCACCACGGAAUUGCUGGACUCGUUCCUGUUCACCGUCGUCCUUAAUGCCAGAGCCAUUGCUAUCGUUCCCGACAUCACCUGGUCUCCACGUGCCCCAGGUUCUGCAGCAGGGUUGCGAAUCUUCUCGCUGUCCUCUGACUCGGAGUGGGACUCUGAAACGUCCGGUCCACUCCCAUUUCCCGCCUUAGAUACCCUCUGGAUGUCGCUUGGGACCGUAGAAGAGGAGUCGGAGCUUGAAGCCGUGCUCUCUGCUCGUGCAUUGCAGGGUCGGCGUGUUCGCCGCCUGGUCCUUCAUAUCCGUCACGACGACGUUGUGGUCGACCAAAGCAACCCAGCUGAGCAGAUCCACCGCCCGGAUGUCGCCGCGCUGCGAACGCUUGCGGAGGAGGUAAUCGUGAUGUCAUGUGGGGUUGCGUGGAUGGCGAGCCUAGAGAAGGGACCGUGCCUACCUAAUGCUGUCCAGGGAGACUGGCCUUCGUGGGCCCUGUGA